CCGGCUCCGGCUCCGGCUCCCUGCCGGGCGGCGGCCGCGAGGGUAGCGGACGAGGGCGAAGGCGGGGAGCCGCUGCCCCGGGAGGAGCCCGCCGCGAUGCUGGCCGACAGCCUGGUGGAGGAGUUCGAGCUGCGCGAGGAGGAGCCGUGGUACGAUCAGCAGGACCUGCAGGAAGAUUUGCAGCUUGCUGCUGAGCUUGGAAAGACAUUGCUGGAUCGUAACACAGAACUUGAAGAAUCUCUACAGCAGAUGCACAAGACCAAUCAGGAGCAAUUACAGGAAAUUGAGCACUUGACCAAGCAAGUGGAUCUCCUUCGGCACAUGAAUGAGCAGCAUGCGAAAGUGUAUGAGCAACUGGAUAUCACAGCAAGGGAACUGGAAGAGACUAAUCUAAAGCUUGUUUCAGACAGUAAGGCUUCUCAGCAUAAGAUUCUGAGUCUGACAGAGACUAUCGAAUGCCUACAAACCCAUGUUGAUGACCUCCAGAGGCAAGUGGAGGAGCUGAAGACGUCAAGCCGAAGCAAGGGAAGUCAGGAGAGAUGUGAGCUACCCAAGUCGACGCGCAGCUUUUCAUGCCUGAAGGAAUUAUAUGACCUACGCAAGCACUUUGUACACGACCACGUAUUUGCAGAAAAAAUCACCUCCAUGCAAAACCACCCAAGCCCCGAUGAGGAGGAAAAUGAGAACUUGAAAAAGACAGUGAUGACACUGCAGACCCAGUUGAGUUCGGAGCGGCAGAAGCGGGUGACCAUGGAAGAGGAGUAUGGGCUAGUGCUGAAAGAGAACUGUGAGCUGGAGCAGCAGCUGGGAACUGCAGAAGCUUACCGAGCCCGGGCCCUAGAGCUGGAGGCUGAAGUGGCCGAAAUGCGGCAGCUGCUACAGGCGGAGAAUCCGUUUGUGAAUGGUGUUGAGAAGCUGGUGCCCGAGUCGUUGUUCAUCUCCUUCAAAGAGCCUUUUGAGAGAGAGCCCGAUCAAAUCCUGCUUGAGGAGACUGGCCCAGCAGGGCCAGAGCUAGUAAAGAGGUCCCUGAAGCGCAGCAGUAGUGAAACGACCUUGAGCAGUGCAGCUGGAGGUGAUAUUGUCAAGGGCCACGAAGAGACUUGUAUCAGGAGGGCAGAGGUGGUGAAGCAGAGGGGAAUCUCUCUUCUGCAUGAAGUGGACGCCCAGUACAGUGCACUGAAAGUUAAGUAUGAAGAGCUGCUGAAGAAAUGCCAGCAGGAAGAGGAUACGAAGCACAAGGCAGUGCAGACCUCAAGGGGCCCCAACAAGGACCUGAGCGGGGCGAGCUCACGGGCUGAAUCGGCCUCCAGCAGCCUGGAACCCACUACUUCCACGAACCCCAUCGCUUCCCCCACCACCUCGGCUCCUCCGGAAUACAAAGCUCUCUUUAAAGAGAUUUUUAGUUGCAUUAAAAAAACGAAGGAAGAAAUAGAUGAAAAGAGAUCAAGAUACCAGUCUCUUUCCUCUCCUUCCUAACAGAUUUGUGUCUUUCUUCUUAUACUUUAAAAAAAAAAAACAAAAAAACCCAAAAAAAAACCAAACCACUCUCCUCUGCCUCAUCCCUGGAAGCAAGAGUUCACAGAUAGAUUCCCCUGCUGGGCAGUGGCCCCUGUAAAAUCCAAUAUUGCAUGUGCAAUUCCUUCCUGUUAAUUCUUCCCUCUUUGAGUAAGUAGAGCAAGGAGAGAUGGACCAGAGCACCUGCUGAGGAGUUAGCAAAAAGUCAGUGACAAACUGGCCUGCUUUGCUGACAAAGGCAGAGCUUAGAGGCUGGUGCACCAGUUUCUAGCUUCAAGGCAUAUGUACCUAUAGGGGAAGUUCUGAGGGUUAAACCCAAUUAUGGAUGAAGCAUUAACUUCACCAAGAGGACUUUAGGGUGGAUUAUGUUAGUUUCUGUGAGUCAGUUUGGGAGUUUAUUCUGGAGAGCAAGGACCUGGGCAUUAUUAGAAUAUUAGAAGUCCUCCAUUUAGCCUCUUGGUACCCAAAACUCUAGAAGGUAGAUGCAUUUGAUGUCUAUCCCAACUUGAAUGUUCCAAAAUUAGAGCACCUAGUUCCAGGUAGUAUACUGGAAAGUUUUGUCCAACCUUUCAUGGGCUGUGAACGUGAAGGGAGAAGUCUGUCAGCACAAAAUAGCUGGGGGUUGGAUGUCUGCAUUCCAGAGACUUUCCUUAAGGUGGCCUAGGAAAGGAAAGGAAAUAUCUAGUCUUAACCUUUCCAUGUGAGAGGAGAAGGAACUGCAGUCACUGCAGGGGAAGAGUCAUCAAGGAUGAGAUCAUGAGCAAGUUUUCCAUUGGGAAAAUUAUUUGCUAUGGUACUAAGUCUAUCUUAACCUGGAUUGGAGCUGGCUGGACAAACCAGAAGCUCUAGGUCAAGUCUUAUAAAAUUCUUGUAGAUGGUUUUUGUUUUUUUUUUUACUCUUUACAGAAGUUGUAAAAACUCAAAUUUUGUGUCUGCUUCUCUAUUAAACAGUAUUGUUUUUCUGCUGGUGGGCAGAAUACUCACACAGCAAUUGCAUACUAGUAAUUUAAAGCUAUUUAAAAAGAACUGGAGUUCUGAACUAUUAUGAAUAUUUUUCUAAAAACCAAAUAAAGCUACUUAUAGAAAUGAAAAGAGACCUGCAACUCACUUUUGUUUGAGCAACCACACAUCGAAGAGAGCAAGUGACAAUGCAGAAAACUGUAGGAAAUACAGAACUGGUUACUGAAGGAUAAAGCUUGAACUACUAUCUGACACAGGAUUCCUCUUGAUUCCUAUUGCCUUCAUGUUCUUUGCCAUCCAAGAACACUGUGCUGAGUUCAAGGACCUGGAAAACUCCUUUAAAGAGGCCUAGACUUUUGCUUAGGAAAGCCCUAAUGAGACCCUCAGAGCUUGGACUAAAGGAAGAUGGGAAAAAAUUCAAAAUUACUGCCUGACUUCUCUGCCCUUUAAGUGUAACUGCUAUAAGAGCAAAUUACGUCCACUUAGGUUUUGUCAUCAACAAAAUGGCACCACAGUGAUGCCAGAAUUAAUGUUAGCAUUUAUUUUUAAAAUACACAAAAUAUAGAUCUGUACAUCACAGACUGUGAUAACUACACUCACAUUGUCCAGUACUUACCUUACUUUAUUUGCAUAGUUAUGCAAACAGAUCAAAAGGAUAUAUGAAUUGAAUUCAUAUAAUUUAUACGCAAAUACUUUUUGCUAUGUUUCAUGUAAACAGUUAAGAAGAGGGUUGCUACAUUUAAGGUAAAAACUUCACAUGGCUGUAAAAACUCAAUAGUACAAUAGUUCAAUUUGGUUUGUUACAUGGAACUUGCAGAUACUUUACCAGAUAGAUAAUCCAGGACUAAGCAUCAGCUCCUAGGCAUUUAGAAAAAUAAAAACCUCGCUUUCUUGGUUUUGUAAACAAAACUUCAGAUUUGUUGGCUUUUAAAUUACAAAAUAAAAUAUUAAACCAUGA